CUUGUCCAGAUCGUCUGUCACCAUGCGCUGCAACGUCUUGUCACCUUCGCUCUUGGCGCUCAGCCUUUCGACCAGUGUCACUGCUCGUCCAGAGAUUCCUUUCAUCAGUACACUUCUCGACCCCUUGCAGCACAUUGUCAAGUCUGCUUAUGCCGGUGAUGGACUCAAGGUUGGACAUCUUGGUGAACUGGGUGGCAUUCCAGGUGUAGAUGCCGAAUAUGACUACGUCGUCGUAGGAGGAGGCACAGCGGGAAACACCAUCGGUUACAGACUCGCAAAGGCUGGUUACAGUGUCGCUAUUGUUGAAGCCGGCCCUUUUCUUGAGAUUUCCAAGCCUAUUCUUGCGACAUCGCCUGGCGGAGUAACUGCUGGUAGUGGUGCGAGUCUUCUCGACUCUAACCCUCUUCGCGAUUGGAGAUUCACAACUACAGCGCAGACCGGCGCUGAUGAUCGCGAGAUUCACUAUGCUCGUGGAAAAGUUCUUGGCGGCUCAUCUCAGCUCAACUUUCUAGUGUAUCACCGACCGACCAAUGGGACCUUGGCGAAGUGGGCUGAGGAUGUUGGGGACGAUAGCUACACAUGGGACAACUUUCUGCCUCACUUCCAGAAGAGCCCCUCAUUCACUCCACCAGACAACGAGAAGCGAGGCCCCAAUGUGACAACCGACUACGAUGCUUCUGCAUUCUCGAAGGAGAAGGGUCCUCUCCAAAUCAGCUACGCCAACUACGUUCCCUCAUGGUCCGUUGUCGUGGAAAAGGGCCUCAAGUCCCUUGGAUUUAAGGGUAUAGAUGGUUUCAGCAGCGGUAGUCUUCUUGGUUACUCAUACACCACUUCAACUGUCCAACCCAAGACCGCUACCCGAAGUGGUUCCGAUGACUUUGUCAAGACUGCUCGAAGUGAGAAUCUCAAGACUCUCAAGGUGUACACUGAGAGUCUUGCCAAGAAGGUGACCUUUGAUGAUGACAAGAAAGCUACAGGUGUUGAGGUCAGCUCUCUUGGUAUUGACUACUCCCUCAAGGCUCGCAAGGAGGUCAUCGUUAGUGGUGGAGCGUUCCAGUCACCCCAGGUGCUCAUGGUCUCUGGCGUUGGACCCAAGAAGCAUUUGGAAGAGCUUGACAUUCCUGUAGUGACCGAUCUUCCUGGCGUUGGUCAAAACCUCUGGGACCACGUCCUCUUUGGACCUUCUUUCGAAGUGCAAGGUCUUGAGGACACUCUUAGCGCCGCCAUCAACAAUGACACUGUUUUCCAAGGCGCCCUUGAUGCUUAUGCCCAGCAGCAGGCUGGUCCUCUGACAUCCAACCAGGUCGAGCUUUUGGGCUGGGAGAAGGCUCCCGAGAAAUAUCGCUCCAAGUUCUCCGCCGAGACCCUCAAGGACCUUGCGACUUUCCCAGAUGACUGGCCUGAGAUGGAGAUCAUUCCCCUCAACGUCUACUCCGAGGACUGGUCAUUCCCUAUUCUACAGCAACCCACCGAUGGAAAGAAGUACACCAGUCUUAAUGGCGCUCUUGUCGCACCUCUAUCCCGCGGAAACAUCACUCUCCGCACUAACUCGACUUCUGACGCGCCUCUUAUCAACCCUAACUUCCUGACCAAGAAGGCUGACCAGGAAGUUGCCAUCGCACUGUUCCGUCGUCUCCGAGAAGUCGCCAAGUCCACUCCUCUAAAGAACACUGUUCUUCGGGAGGUGUACCCUGGAGAGGACCACGAAACAGAUGAGCAGAUUCUCGCUGUCCUUCGAGAUACUCUGAUGACUGUUUGGCAUGCUGCUUGUACUUGCAAGAUGGGCAAGAAGGACGAUGAGAUGGCUGUUCUUGACUCCAAGGCUCGUGUGUACGGUGUAAAGGGACUGCGAGUUGUUGAUGCCUCGGCUUUCCCUCUGCUUAUCCCUGGCCAUCCUGUCGGUACUGUGUAUGCAUUGGCUGAGAAGAUUGCGCACGAUAUCAUUACGGAAGACAAGAGUGAGGGUUCUGCAUAUAAGAUUGACAUUGAUGUGGAGGUUUCCUGAAAGGUUCCUUAGCUAUUUCUUUUAUUCUUUGUUGGAUUUUCACUAUUCUCUUUAGACGUACAUAGAC